AUGUCCGCCGGACUUACCUCCAUCAUAGCUGCCUGGCUUUGCACAUCAUUCCUCGGGUGGCCGUCGAUUUUCUACAUCCUCGGCGUUCUUGGCCUCUGCUGGGCCGUCGUUUGGCUCAUUUUCUCGGCCAACCGCCCGGCUGAAUGCCGUUGGGUUUCUGAAGACGAACAACUCUUCCUCGCCAAAAAUCUCGGAAAGCAGAAGCGACCCCUACCUCUGCAAAACGCCCCGUGGCGCCAGCUGCUCCUUGGAAAAACGACACUGUCCAUCUACGGCGUCCAGUUCGCGUUCAACAUCACAAUCUCCCUGCUCCAGUCAUUUUUGCCGACAUUUCUCAAGGAACACUUGAUGUUGCCAAUCCAUAUGAACGGCAUCUACAACAUGAUCCCCUUCAUGUCGCAGAUGAUCGCCAAGCUGUUCGUGGUCUCGCUGACGAAUUGGUUGAAGGCGCGCGAGAUAACGGGGGCCGAUGCGUCGGUGAAAAUCUUUCAGGGGCUAGGAUCUCUCGGUUGUGGGGUAACGAUUUUUCUGCUGGCCGUCGUGCCAAGUUGCGAGCAUCCUACGUGGGCCAUCCCAAUUUUGAUAUGUCACGGCAUCUCCUUCUCCUGUUCGAUCCCCGGCUUCUUCACGGCCUUGGUGUCCAUCGCCCCUCCCUACACCGGAACGAUGACGUCACUUGGCCGUACCUGCGCUACCCUAGGAAACAUCUCCGGCGCCAUGAUGAUGUCGUUGAUUGAUAAAAUGAACUGGCCCAACAAAUGGUUGAUCAUUUUUUCUUUCGGCGCCGUCUGCCACCUGUUAACUGGCCUCAACUUUGUUUUUCAUGGAAAAGUCACCGCCUGCACCCUCACCAUCACCACGAUGAUCGGUCCCCUCUUGGCGAACCUUUCCUAUUGGUCCUUUUUCACCUCACGUGUCGUUUUGGGACUUGGUGACGGCUUCAUCAUCCCGUGCAUCAACACCGUCAUCACGCGUUGGUUUCCCAGAAAAGAACGAUCCACUGCGGCUGCGAUUUACACGCUCGGGAACCAGUUGACCUCUGGCUUGACAGCAAUCAUCGCCGCGUGGCUUUGCACUUCGAUUUUUGAAUGGCCGUCGAUAUUCUACUUGUCUGGUUUCACCGGAAUCGCUUGGGCCGUCGUGUGGAUGAUUUUCUCGACGGAUCGGCCGGCGGAUUGUCGCUGGGUUUCGGAGGAUGAGAAGCUGUACUUGGCGGAUAGUAUGGGCAGGCCGAAGAAGCCGUUUCCGUUGAGAGACACGCCCUGGAAAAAACUCCUUCUGAGCAAAACCACCAUCGCCGUCUACGGCAUCCAUUCCUCUGAAAGGCUAUGUCUUUCGAACGGCGUCUACAACAUGAUCCCGUACAUGGUGCAAAUGUUCGGGAAACUGGCCAUCGUCUGGCUGGCCAACGUGCUGAAGUCGUACAACGUUACGACGGCCGACUCGUCGGUGAAGAUCUUUCAGGGGAUGAGCUCGAUCGGAUGUGGGGUUACGAUCUUCCUCCUUGCCGUCCUGCCAGAUUGUGAACAUCCAGAGUGGUCGAUUCCGAUUCUAAUCGUACACGGCCUCGCCUUCUCCUGCAUCAUUCCCGGCUUCUUCACGUCGCUGCUGCUCAUCGCUCCGCCGUACACCGGCACGAUGACGUCGGGCUGGAAGAACAAGUGGCUGAUCAUCUUCUCGCUCGACGCUUUCUGCCAGCUCACCAGCGGCGUGUUUUUCAUCUUUUAUGGGAAAGCAACCAUACAAGAAUGGGCAAUCCCCGCAACGACCACCAUCCCCACCCUCAACACCCCAGCCACCUCCGAGGCCGCCAUCGACUUGAAU